UGAACUCGACACGUUCGGAACUUCUUCUGAUUGUUUCGUAUCGUACAGCUUUCGUUCAACAUCGCUUCCGCGUAGCUGUGCUUGUCCCGUGCGUGCGUGAUUGUGUGUGCAGAGGUCGUCGAUUGGUUUUGAAAGAAAUCUCCAAAUUUUAAGCAGCUCGACUCAGUUUUGCGCACCGAGCUCCUACGCAUGGCCUCCUGGCUCAUUGGUGAGGAUCAAGUGAGAUCGCAACCUCCAGUGUUUGUGCUUGUGAGUGUGUUUGUGUGUUGAUUGGUGUGUAGAGCAGCCCAGUUCCAAGGUGUGUUGACAUCAUCCAACAGUUCUGCACGGUGGGAUUUCCGUUCGUCAGUGCAGUGCAGAAAGCUCGACGUCUAGUAUUGCCAUCCGGUGUCCGGAUCCGAUCACACUUCACACAAUCCGCGAGGGAACCGAAACAAAAAAAAACACUCAUCAUGUUUCUCGGCAGGCGCAACUUUAAGCUGUGGUUUGUGAUAGCAUUUGCCCUCAGCCUGCUCGUGCUCGGUGCUCUAGUCACAUUUGGAUUCACGGCCUUUAUCAGAACCGUCAUCGAUCAUCAGGUGGCACUGCGAGUGGGCGGACAAUCCUUCGGCUGGUGGUCGCGGCCUCCGGUAGAGCCGAUCAUCCGAAUCUUUGUCUACAAUGUCACGAACGCCGAUGAGUUCCUGAACAACGGAACCAAACCCAUACUGGAUGAACUUGGACCAUACGUUUACGUUCAAACAUGGGAAAAGGUCAACAUUAAGGAAAACCCGAACGGCACCAUCAGCUACAACCAGAAGCGAGUGUACAUCUUCAACGAGGACCUGUCCGGUGGGCUGGAAGACGAUGUAGUCAUCGUACCGAACAUUCCGAUGCUGAGCGCCACGUCGCAGAGUAAACACGCAGCACGGUUUCUACGACUAGCGAUGGCGAGCAUUAUGGACAUCCUGAAGAUUAAACCGUUCGUGGAGGUGUCGGUCGGUCAGUUGCUGUGGGGCUACGAAGAUCCGCUGCUCAAGCUGGCGAAGGACGUCGUGCCGAAGGAGCAGAAGCUACCGUACGAGGAGUUCGGCCUGAUGUACGGCAAAAACAGCACCUCGAGGGACACUGUGACUGUUUUCACCGGCGUGGACAAUAUUAAUCAGUACGGCAUCAUCGACAAGUAUAAUGGCCGAACGCAUCAAACGCACUGGCUGUCGGAGCAGUGUAAUCGUCUGAACGGUACGGACGGAUCGAUCUUCCCACCGCGAAUCACCAAAAAUUCGACGCUCAACGUGUACGAGAAGGAUUUGUGCCGACUGUUGCCACUGACCUUCGAGAAGGAAGUUACGGUCCGAGGUGGCGUUAAGGGUUACCGAUUCACACCGUCGCCGGAUGUGUUUGCCUCGGUGGAGAAAAACCCGAACAACAUGUGCUACUGUCCAGCCGGUCCGCCCUGUGCACCGCACGGACUGUUCAAUGUGUCUCUCUGCCAGUAUGACUCGCCAAUUUUGCUCAGUUUCCCGCAUUUCUACAUGGCUGACCAAUCGCUGCGAACGGCAGUGGAGGGAAUUUCGCCACCCGAAAAAGACAAGCACCAGCUGUUCAUCGAUGUGCAACCUGAAAUGGGCACCGCGCUGAGAGCACGUGCACGAAUCCAGAUCAACCUUGCCGUCAGCCAGGUGGUAGACAUCAAACAGGUUGCCAACUUCCCCGACAUCGUCUUCCCCAUCCUAUGGUUCGAGGAGGGCAUCGACACGCUGCCGGACGAGAUACUGGACCUGAUGAAGCUGGCCACAACUGUUCCGCCGCGGGCCAAGUUCAUUCUGACCAUCGCUCUGUUCGGGCUCGGUGGCUUCCUGUUCGUGGUGGCCGUAAUCUGUCUCGUGCGAAAGUCGCACCGCCAGAGCACGCUGCAUCUGGAAGGUUCCAACUAUCUCGCCACGGCGUCAGUCGAUCAGGCGAAGAAGAAGGCCAAGAUGGACAACGGUAUGAGCAGCAAGAGCAACUAGACACGUACCGGCACGGUGCCGACUGUCGGUUACAACUACCACGCCUGGCCGCAAGGCAAACGAUUCGGUGAUAGACACUGGUGUAUGUAACAAAACCAUUAAGAGACUCAUCGUGGGAGCGGGAAGACCGUAGGAUGGUACGUGCGUCUGCAAGCCAUUGGGGGAGAAAAAUUGAAACGUACCAUGCGCCACAACAGGAACCGUCCAUUGGUCGAUGGGUAACGAUAAGAAUGAGCAUGGCGCAACAUCGCUUCGACUAUCGAGCCAAGAUUAGCAAAUGGAUAAAUCUGGUAGAAAAACGAAAGAAUUCUUAAUCAGUGUAGCGAAGUCAAACGAUAUUUUCAAUAUUCAUUUCGCUUGUCACAAAACACAAACUCGACGAGCAAACAGACACUAACAAAAUGGCGCGGCAUCUGUUGGAAUUGGAACGUACGCUUAGCGUACGGAUUAGAACGGGGGAUGGGAAAGUGACAACAAAUUAUAACAUCCUUCCAUUAUUUUAUGUGAUUUAUACAAAACGGGGGAAUAUUGAUUCUGAGAUACAUAUGCCAUCUAGGGUAAUGGUUGCGGCCAUACAUAGAUACUGGAGGGACAGGAAGGGUUCGGCGGUGGCUUACCCACCCAAUCGAGCGCGUAGUCUACAACUAUUAGCACGGAUGGUGUAUGUGUCUUAGGUUAUGGGCUACUGCUUACUGCUACGAACGCUGCACGUAAUGGAGGUUUUUAACAAACUCGGAAACCAUCCCCAUUUCAUACACCAUAUAUUUGCUCAAGCUGUUAGAAUUUACAGUGAUUCAACAUUUUUAUAUGGCAGCUAUACACUUUUUAUUCGAAAACGAUAACGCAUCGCACUCAGCAUCGAUAAAAUAUAGAUGCUCCAACAUCACUACGCCAUGCAUGGCAAAAUUUAUGCAAAAAUACUGCGAACGACAUCACCAAUAAUUUUAUCCUUUACCCUUUUUCCAAGACGUGAAACCAGUCAAAUUAUUUCCGAAGCUGCAAACAUACACACACACUGUACGCCCCCUGAACGAAAUUUCGCUAGUUUUUGCUGGACACUGUGACGUAGUGCUCCAGUUGCCAAAAUGUACGAUUUGCUGAUCCUGUUGCUGCUGGUGUAUAGCGAACGUCCCUUUUACAAAUCAAAAACCUUACACACCGCAGUGUGUACUGUAAAAUGUAAUAUGUUUAGCUCGUAAGUGUAUAAAUAAUAGGUACGGUGGCUAAGGUCCGGUGGGGAUAAAAUGUAAUUCAUAAACAAAAUAAAAAAAAAACAUACACAAAACACCGACACACACACACACACGGAAUGGGAGGGGUAAGAGCAGAAGUACACACACUUUUACACGUAAGACUAUUAAAGGCAGGCAGGCAGGCAACAAACCCGUGACAUUCGAUGAACGCUUCGAGGCGUGUGAUGGGUACACAUUGUAUCGAAUAAUUUAGGAUUGACGAUUAGAACAGGAUCGUAUCGUGGUGGCCGUGGACGGCUAGACACUGCAAGACAUGGCAUGUUGCGGCAGGCGUCCACGGUGACUACGGUGUUACUUUUGUACUAUGGAACAAGUGGACAGAAAUAAAAACGAGAACAAACAGUA